GGCAGCACAACUAUUUAUGUGCUGGAAGAAAUGACUGCAUAGUCGAUAAAAUUCGUAGGAAGAACUGUCCAGCAUGUCGCUUGCGGAAGUGCUGUCAAGCUGGUAUGGUCCUGGGAGGUCGAAAAUUUAAAAAGUUUAACAAAAUUAAGGUUGUGAGAACAUUAGAUGUCGCACUCCAGCAGCCAGCAACCCUUCAAGAUGAAAGCCAAUCUCUAACCCAAAGGCUGUCCUUUUCUCCAAAUCAAGAAAUACAAUUUGUUCCCCCAAUGAUAAGUGUUCUACGAGGCAUUGAGCCAGAAGUUGUCUAUGCUGGUUAUGACAAUACAAAACCCGAAACACCAAGUUCCUUGCUGACCAGUCUAAAUCAUCUUUGUGAGAGGCAACUUCUUUGUGUAGUCAAGUGGUCUAAAUUGCUACCAGGAUUUCGGAAUUUACAUAUUGAUGAUCAGAUAACCCUCAUCCAGUAUUCCUGGAUGAGUCUAAUGGUUUUUGCAAUGGGAUGGAGAUCAUACAAACAUGUCAGUGGUCAGAUGUUAUAUUUUGCACCAGAUCUGAUUCUAAAUGAACAGAGGAUGAAAGAAUCAUCGUUCUAUUCCCUGUGUCUAUCCAUGUGGCAGCUUCCACAGGAAUUUGUCAGACUUCAAGUUAGCCAAGAGGAGUUCCUAUGUAUGAAAGCACUGUUACUUCUCAACACAAUUCCUUUGGAAGGUCUAAGAAGUCAAAGCCAAUUUGAUGAGAUGAGAACGAGUUACAUUAGAGAACUGGUGAAGGCAAUUGGUUUGCGCCAGAAAGGCGUUGUGGCCAACUCACAACGUUUCUAUCAACUUACCAAACUGAUGGAUUCCAUGCAUGAUCUAGUGAAACAGCUCCAUCUCUUCUGUCUGAACACAUUUCUCCAGUCCCGUGCACUGAGUGUUGAAUUCCCCGAGAUGAUGUCAGAGGUCAUUGCUGCCCAGCUACCCAAGAUUCUGGCAGGGAUGGUGAAACCUCUUCUCUUUCACAAAAAGUGAAAUGUCUUUUCUCUUGUCAUAGAGAUGAUUUCUGGGUCAUUUUUUGUUUGUUUAUUUUGGUCAAGAUUUUGCAAUGUCAGGACUUCAGUAUAUUUGUCAUACUUACCCUGCCUACUGCUUUAUACUUGUAACAUACACAAGCCAUUUAAGCUUGGUGUACAUAUCGUGAGUGCCUGAUUCCUUAACUGCAAAAAUCACAACAGUCAUAAGAAAUGUUUUGUAAACUUGGCUAGGUUGCUUUUUAGACAUGCAUAAGAAUGACAAUGAAUAGAGUUUUCAGAUUUCUAAGAACAGUUAUCUUAUACAUUUUUCUUACAUAUUACACGCUCUCAAAUUUCUGAUAUGACAUGGUGUAAACUUUUUACUUUAGUACAUUGUGUGCAUGGGUACAUGUGGGCAUGUGCAUAAUACCAGAUUUUUGAGGAAUUAAAAUAAAUAUUGCCCACAUUUUCUCACAGAUAUUUCACUUUUUAUUCACUAAUCUGCCUCACAGAAAUAUGCUUUCAAAGUCAGCUGUCCAGGAUUAAGUAGGCGUCACUGCAAUACCUUCAUGAGUAACUAAAGUGCUAGCCACAAAAUAUACAUUCAUAUUCGUGUCUGUGCUCAAUACUGCAUUGAAACUCCGAGUUCUGCAUACUGAACUGUACCGCACCAUUCAGUGCAGCUCUCCUUCAAAAAUUGGAAAGCUUAGGAAAAUUUCAGUGGGUAUUACACCAGAAGUAAUAUGUAUGCAAACCCACUCAGCUUUGGUUUUUGUUAUUUUCCUUAAAAGUUCAGCACUUACAAAGCUAAAUCACUUAGCUAUAAUCUUAAAUUCAUCAACUUUAAAAUUCUGUAUUUCAGAAGCUUAAAGUAGAGAUGUUUUCACUGACUACAACUCUUAAUAAUCUUAAUGUUUUGAAUUCCAAUGCUGAAUACUCAAACAGCCAUUAACAUCAAAUUAUGGUGAGAUUAAAUGCGAAAAGAAAUGGAAAAUAUGACUACAAACAUUUUGAUACACAUAAGACUCAUUUCAGUACUAUUUAGUGGAGCUACAUAUUUUAUAUUUUAAAGGCAUGCCAUUAUAAUUGGGGUAACUGUAAAAGAGGAAUUGGACUAAAUUAGCUUUAUACAUUCAAGAAGAAUGUAAUGUUUUACCAUGGAAAUGAAAUGUUCGACUGAAAAAUUAUAAUGUGGUGGUGGUUGUUCCUUUGAUAUGGAUGUGAAGCAACUCAUGCAUUUAAGGCAGUAAAUUGCUGAUAUAUUCAAACAACAGAGAAACAGAUAAAGCCCAAGAAGAAUUUAUGAGACUAUUAAAAUACGACAAAUUUUGCCAGUCACUAAAAAUGAUACUCCAAUUCUCUAACAGUGUAGGAAAUGGUGCGUCCUACUUGGGUAUAUGGUGGCCAUACGCUUUUGCUCUUCCCUGUUAUAUGUUGGAUGCAUCUGUCGUGUGAUGGCAUACUGUUGAUGGUGUGUAGCUUGGUCUGUAUCCUUGU